UUACUUUACAGAUACCUGUUGGAUAACCCAGAAGUUGUGCGAAACAAACAGAUUUUAGAUCUUGGGAGUGGUUGCGGUGCAGCGGCCAUUGCUUCAAAAAUGGGAGGGGCUUCUUAUGUACUAGCUAAUGACAUUGACCCAGUUGCAGGUGCGGCGCUCACACUUAAUUGCCAACUGAACGGCCUUCAGCCUCUGCCCUUCCUCUCAGAGAACAUAAUAGGUGUGGACAAACAUCUGUGGAGUCUGAUUGUCCUCGGUGACAUGUUUUAUGAUGUGCAAUUGGCUGAUGGCCUUCACCGGUGGCUCAGAUGUUGUAUAGACCAGCACGGGACUACGGUUCUCAUUGGGGAUCCUGGAAGGGGACAUUUUAUUGAUCACCCAAUACAGAAACAGCUGCAAAAAUUGGCAGAAUAUCCCUUACCGGAAUCUAGCCAGCAAGAAAAUUACGGACUAACCAGCACUGCUGUCUGGAAGUUUAAACCCUGA